UAACCACCGGCUUUCCUUCUCAUCUGGAAAGAAGACUGCCAAGCUAACAUUCAACGAUAGGGCAUAGUUUGUGCAUCGACUCCUUGAAGCGAUUGACAAGUAUCAAAGAAAUCCUAUCGCAGACGUAGCAUCACUACUGUCACACUUGGCGCAAAACAGCAGUCACGUCUAUAGGAAUAUACCACCUUCGCAAUGGGACCCCGCGAGAUCCCGAACCUCUCUGUUCUGGCGCUGCGGGCCAUCGGCCACGCUAGGUGCAAGGCCGACGAGACCUUUGCCCCAAACAAGGACGGAUCCCCCAGCACAGCCAGCCGUCUGCUCAGGAGUUUCCACCACCGGCCCGUGCUGGCGUGCGGGGAAACCAUUUCGGAGUACCUUGAACGGGCGGAGGAGUCGAAGAAGCAAUCCGAAACAGCAAGGGCCGAAGUUCCAAGCAUCGAACUCAUCCCGAUGAAACGGACACCGGCCAUCGGAAUCGGAUCGGGCAGGCGGAAGCAGGCCAACGACGUCGAUCUGAACCAUCCCUGGAUCGCCGCCUACCAGCACCAGCAUCUUCCCGAACACACGAGCACGACCGAUGGUGGCCGCUCGGACGAAAUGGUGCAGACGGAGACGGACGAAUCAUCUACCCCAAAUGCCUUUGAACAGCAACAGCAACAGAAACAUCAACCACAACCACAACCACAACCACAACCACCACCAAAAGUAAGCGAUCUCAUCCCCACAAAUCCUCGGGAUCGAACCCUCGUGAUCGAGAAUGGAUGCUGUGCACUGGACCUGCUGCAGAGCUAUGCCGAUGCCCUGGUGGAGCUUGGGCGCAUGGACGACAGCCGGUUGGGGCUCCGCUUCUUUGCCGAGUUCAAGACGAACAUCGAGCUUAGCUACAAGGCGUCGGCGCAGAAAGCCCCGGCCGAACGAUCCAAAACCGAAGCCGCGCCCACCAAUGCGGUUCCUCCCGCUCCCCUCGAUGCCCCCAUACCCAAGAAGAAAAAGCGAAAGCGGUCCGGAGGGGCCUCCGCUGCGGCGGCCGCCCGCAAGAAAAAGGAGGCCGAGGCCCUGGCGGAAGCCAGGCGCAGGGCCCGCAUCCUGGCCGCCCUGCCCAAGUCCACCGGAUCCCUCAGCUUGUACAACUGCGAGGUCCUCCGGGAGACCACCCAGAACCUGCUCAACUCGGGGAUCCUCGCGCACAUCUCGGCCCUGGACCUGACGGGACUCCAGACGCUAACCGACGACACCCUUUCGAAGCUCCUGGGAGCCACCGGCCUGCAGCUCCGCCGGUUAUCCGUAAAGAACUGCCGCCGGUUGACGGAUGCGGCCGUACAUCACAUGUGCGAGCACUCGCCCAACCUGGAGGCGGUCGACCUGGGGGGGGACUACAACAUCUCCCCCGCGAUCGUCGUAGAUUGCCUGGCCGUCAAAACCAUCCGCAGGGGCCGGGGCAUCUUUACGACGCAGGCUUUGCCAAAGCUGGUGGAGCUUCACGCGAGCGGGAUAGGACCCUCGGGCGGGUGGACCGACGAUCUCCUUCCGGAACUCUUUGCUCUUAGGGGGUGGAGGGCCCUUUCGAUCGGCUUUUCCCCCAGCCUGACCUUUGCCGGGUGGAAGGCAGCGAUCCUCAGCGUCGAGCAGAAAUUUGCGGUGGGGGAGGAGGAAGCGAUGGUUCUUUCGCAAGACCAAGGAGGUGAAGCCGUUGCGGCUCCCCCCGCGGAAAACAGCAACGAAAGCAGCAGCAGCAGCAACAUGUGCCAGACGCUCCUCUCGCUCGGGAUCCCCUUUUGCGAGCAGCACCUGGUCAACAACGCCUGGCUGGGCCUUAUGGGCCGCCACUUUCCCCAUCUGCGGGCCCUGGACGUCCGUGGGAAUCAUUACCUCAGCAACAUCACGUCCUGGUACGAUGGAAGGGCCACCAUCGAUUCGUCCUCGUCCAAAAUCAACACCAAGCAGUCGCUGGUAGUUCUGGCAAGGUACUGUGGCAUCUCCCAAAACUCGGUCGAGGAGACCAAGCGGAUCUACCCGUUGGCGGCCGGGGGGGACGAUGCGCUGACCGUGGUCACCGAGAGUGAUGGUAUUGGGUGGGGGAUCCUCCGGAGGGAAGCCACGGAUGGUGGAAAAAGCAACCCUAGGGAGCACUACGAACGCCGGCUGGAAGCGGCCAAAAGCAGAGCAGCCAAAGCCAGCGCAGCACCAGCAACCAGUGCUGGACCGGAAGAAAAGACGGCCACAACAAAGGCCGUGCUCAUUGCGAAUUAGUAUGGUACAGCACAAGGGCACCACUGUGGCUGCUGCUGCGAUCGGCAACGGCGCAAUAUAAAUCACGGGUGAAGCAAUGAAUCGAGCACUAAGGAUCAUGCGUGGUCUCGCACACGACCAAGAAAGAAUGCUCGAUAUUCAAUGAAAUCCAAAGCGAAUUAAUGCGGUGGUACUCUGUUGCGUUCCUUUGGAUCGAAUCGGUGUUUGUGGACCAAAGGGUUCAACUCUAUUCCUGUGGUCGCCGGCCCUGGUUUCUUCCAUGGAAUGCAACGCAACGAAUUAUUUCACCGCUCGAUCAACCACUGCCGUGACAACGGGAUCUGUUUACGAUCGAAGGUUGGAGUAGAUGAUAGCGAAUCGUUGAAUUGAAAGCCAGCCGAAUUGAACGGAACCGAAUUGAAUCGAUUCAAGUUUAAUCGACUAGUUUUCUUUUCAAAAGGCGGUAUAUUCAUGAGUAUGCCAGUCGGUCAAUCACUCACUCACUGACACUUGUCUUCUGGUAGCCGUCCGAAGGUGGGGCCAAGGGAGGGGCAAACCAAAGCAACUGUGACCACUCUUGGGGGAAGAGCAAUCAUUGUUCGAUAGAUCCGUUCUGAGGGAUGAAUCCGAACACCAAGACGACACAGGCGAUGUCUCGCUCGCAAUAAUAUAAUAGUACUGAUGGGAAGACAACAACCUGAGUCAUAUUUUAGUAAUAUAGCGUAUUUCUUAUU